UCUCCCAUCCCAGUCCAUUCAUACCCAUCUCUCGUCUCGAAAGAUUAAUUACUGCCUGAUCAUUUUCUUCAUUCAGAAUCUAGAUGGCGCCCAAAGCAGAGAAGAAGCCCGCUGAGAAGAAGCCGGCGGAGAAGGCUCCGGCUGGAGAGAAGAAGCCGAGGGCCGAGAAGAAGCUAUCGAAGGACGCUUCUUCUUCCGACAAGAAGAAGAAGAGGGCGAAGAAGAGCGUUGAGACGUAUAAGAUCUACAUCUUCAAGGUUCUGAAGCAGGUGCAUCCCGACAUUGGGAUCUCCAGCAAGGCCAUGGGCAUCAUGAACAGCUUCAUCAACGACAUCUUUGAGAAGCUCGCCCAGGAGGCUUCCAGGCUCGCCCGCUACAACAAGAAGCCCACCAUCACUUCCAGGGAGAUCCAGACCGCCGUUAGACUCGUCUUACCGGGAGAGCUCGCCAAGCAUGCCGUCUCCGAGGGCACAAAGGCCGUCACCAAGUUCACCAGUUCUUAGGGAUAUUGAAAUUUAGGGUUUUAUUUCUUUGUUCGGUCUUGUUAAGGAUUUCUUUACAACGGGCUAGGGGUUUGCGAAUGUAAAGAUUUGGAUUUGAAGUGAUCUUCAUUGUAAAUCCAUGCUUGUAGUGAAUUUGGACCUUUAGUAAAUCUUCUAUGAUCUUCUGAUU